AUGAGUGACGGAGACAACGACAUCCUGGACGUUGUGCAGGGCGUGGAUCUCGAGCUUCGGCAUGAGCGGACCCUGUUUCCCGUGACCCAUAAGGUCCAGGCACUCGGCUUGGUUAAGCCUCCGUUUAUCACCACAAUGUCCGAGUACCAACUCGUCACGUUGGCUGGAGCUGCUCUGGGGUUUUUGGCCGGUGUUGUCGUGUGUCCGUUGGACGUGGUGAAGACUAGAAUUCAAGCCCAGGGUAAGCUGAAUCGCUAUGGUCUGUUUGUUCAUGCUUUUGGCAAAAUCAUCAGAGAAGAAGGUGUCAAGGGCUUGUAUAGGGGCGUGGUUCCCGUGACUAUAGGCUACCUUCCGACGUGGACCAUCUACUUCACCGUUUACGAGCGGGCCAAGCGGUUUUAUCCUCGGUUUUUGAGAGAACAUCUUGGCAUUCAGAAAGACUGGCUCAAUCACUUUGCAGCAUCCUUAACAGCAGGCUCUGCUUCCUCUAUAGCCGUCAAUCCUAUCUGGGUGGUGAAGACCCGCCUUAUGCUUCAGACUGGCUCUGAAAAAGUCUACUACAAAAGCACCCUCGACGCUUUCAAGACAAUGUACCGCAACGAAGGACUUCGUGUUUUCUACAGCGGGCUUUUGCCGUCGCUAUUCGGCUUGAUCCACGUCGGCAUCCAUUUCCCUGUUUACGAGGCAUUGAAGAGAGCGUUGCAUGUCAGCGAUCUGAGCCAAAUCUCCCACGGCAGCUACCACAAACUCUGGCGACUCAUUGCUGCCUCCACCAUAUCCAAGGUUAUCGCGUCAACCGUGACGUAUCCCCAUGAAAUACUACGAACAAAAAUGCAGAUGCAACGAGAGGGUGAUGCGCCGUCGGUUUCGGUGCGCAAGUGGAUUAAGACUAUUUACAAAAAGGAAGGCGCUGGCGGGUUUUACGCCGGGUACUUGACCAAUUUGGCCAGAACCUUGCCUGCCUCGGCAGUCACACUCGUCAGUUUCGAGUACUUCAAAACGUAUUUGUUGGAAAUCAGCGGCAAGGUGUAG